AUGCUGCCAGUGGAUCAGAUGCUCCACCUUCGUAUUGACUGCCCGGGCAAGAAUCUCGCGAUGAUCACUCCGCCGGACGAGAAUGAGAACAAACUCGGCGCCUCGUUGAGUGACAUUUAUCGUUUAACUCCAAAACCCACGCUCGUCCUCGAUCACUCCCUCCACGUCGUCGAAGUCUCCAACAGUCAUGUGGCGACCUUCUCGUGGUCACGAGAUCAACUGCUGACGGCGAGUGUCUACGAUCUGCCCCCCACCCUUGUGCCCUCACCGAAUAUCGCCUCGCUGAGUGGUGCCAUCAGCACCGCCCUGUCCACCCGCGAUGUCCAAGUCCUCGAGGGUGUCCAGGUGGCGGACGCCCAAUACUCCCUGAGCGUGACGCCCAUCUUUCAGCACGACGCCCUGAUCUUUGUCCUCCUCGAAGCCCAACGGACGAAACGGCAUCAAAGCAACCUCAUGAGCGAACAGACCUACUUGAACGAAACCUACAAGAUCUUGGUGGACACCGUGCGGGACUAUGCGAUUUUCAUGCUUGACACCCGGGGCUACAUUGCGACGUGGAAUGCGGGCGCCGCCAUUCUCAAGGGGUACGCGGCAACCGAGAUUAUCGGGCGGCAUUUCUCCAUAUUCUACGGUCGCGAAGACUGCGCGGCCAACAAACCGGCCCGCGAGCUCGAGGUCUGUCUACAGGAAGGAAAAGUGGAGGAUGAAGGCUGGCGCUACCGCAAGGAUGGGACUCGAUUCUGGGCCAACGUGAUGAUCACCGCCAUCUACCAGAAUGGCAACCAUAUUGGGUUCGUCAAAGUGACUCGCGAUCUGACAGAGCGCCGGGCGGCCGAGGGGCGCUUGAUCGAUGCCUUUGAAGAAUCAGCGAAACUCAAGUCCGACUUCUUGGCGAACAUGUCCCACGAACUGCGAACGCCCAUGAACGGCAUGUUCUUGGCCCUCACCAUGUUGAUGAGAACCGAGUUGAAUGAGGAGCAGCGCGAAUUCGCGUCCAUCCUGGAAGAUUCCACCUCGAUUCUGCUCCAGGUCAUCAAUGAUGUCUUGGACUACUCCAAAUUGUCAUCCGGAUCUUUCCCUUUGAAUGCCGAUGUUCUGGAUGUCCCCAGCGUGAUCAACGCAGUCGUGCGCAAUUGUCGACCGACACUCAAGCCUGGAGUGGAACUGCAGACGACCAUUCAACGAGGCCUCCCUUCGAGUGUCAGAGGCGAUCCGCUCCGAUUUCGCCAGGUGCUCCAGAAUUUGGUGAGCAAUGCAGUCAAGUUCACUGAAAAGGGUCACGUCCAGAUCAAUGCCUCAUGGAUCGUCGACGAUAAAGACCCCAAUCUUUACGUGAUUUCCACCCAAGUCGUGGACUCGGGCAUCGGUGUACCGGACACUGCCGUGGGCACCCUCUUCACUCCAUUCACACGGUUCGCAGACACGGCCACCAAAAGAUAUCAAGGCACCGGUCUGGGACUCUCCAUUUGCAAGAGUCUAGCUGAGCUGAUGGAUGGCGCCGUUGGGUUCCACGCCAACCCAGAUGGCCCUGGCAGUGUCUUUUGGAUGACUGCCAAAAUGGCUCGGGUGGAUACUCGUGUCGCGCACACCAAGAAGAAGCUCACCCCAGCGCUUUCGACGACCACCGACCACUCCGCCGCUCUUCAAAAAGUCGCGCCACAGAAGCACAUCCUCCUGGUUGAGGAUAACAAUGUCAAUCAAACGAUCAUGAUGAAACUUCUUGCUAGCCUUGGGUUUGAGCGCAUCGAUGCGGCUUGGGAUGGCGCCGAAGCGGUUCGCCUGGUAAAACAGAAGCCUCUCACCUACAAUGUGAUCCUCAUGGAUAUCAACAUGCCGGUCAUGGAUGGGUUGAUGGCCACAGAACUUAUUCGAAAGAUGAAGGUUGACGUGCCUAUCAUCGCUCUGACGGGCAAUGCCUUGAAAGGGGACGCAGAAAACUAUCUGGCAAGGGGGAUGACCGACUACAUUGCCAAGCCACUGCACAGGCAGCAGCUGGUAGAUCUCUUGUGGAAAUGGUGUGGACCCUGA